GUUGCUUUUAGCUUGGCUUUGAAGUUCAAAGAUCAUUCAGCGAUUGGAGUGAGUGUGAGGCAAGAGCCGCUGGUGUGUGUGUGUUUGAAAUCCGGGGGAGUGCUGCUGGUUCACACAGAAACCUGAUUUGAAAAUGUGUUCCACAAAUUCAGGAUGUUGCAGUAGAAUCCGCUCCUGCCCCAAACCACAAGGCUUCCUCGCCUCCGUCAUUACUAAAGGGCUGCUGGCACUGCUGCUGCUCGGUGUGUGUUGGACGGUGUUGGGGAACGAGUGUGAGCCAGGACACAAUAUAUUCGGUUUAGUGAUUCUGUUCCUGAGCGCCGUGUGUGGAGGGAAACUAGUGGGGGCAAUUAGUCUCCCGAACCUGCCCCCUCUACCACCACUGCUGGGCAUGUUGCUGAUGGGUUUGGUGCUCCGUAAUGUCCCGUACGUGAGCGACGCCGUGUUUAUUGAUCAGAAGUGGUCUUCAUCACUGCGCAGCGUCGCUCUCGCCAUCAUCCUCACCCGUGCUGGACUUGGUCUCGACCCUGCGGCCCUGAAAAAGCUGAAGGCAGUGUGUAUGAGGGUGGCCGUGAUUCCCUGCACUGUUGAAGCCUGUACUGUAGCUGUGGUGUCUCAUUUCCUCAUGGGUCUACCCUGGAUUUGGGGCUUUAUUCUAGGGUUUGUGUUAGCUGCUGUCUCUCCAGCAGUUGUAGUUCCCUCCAUGCUGCUCCUGCAAGCUGAAGGUUUUGGGGUUCAAAAGGGAAUCCCAUCUCUCCUCAUGGCAUCAGGAAGCUUUGAUGAUAUCCUCGCUAUUACUGGAUUCACCACCUGCCUUGGGAUGGCGUUCGGCACAGGCUCCACAUGGCUCAGUUUGGCAAAAGGCCUAUUGGAGGUGGUGGUUGGAAUUGUAGCUGGAGUGAUUUUGGGUAUUCUCAUCCAUUUCUUCCCUAGUGAGGAUCAGGUUGAUCUGGUGUUGCGGCGUUCCUGCAUGUUGCUGGGUUUCUCCGUGUUCUGUGUGUUUGUUAGUCAUGUUGCGGGGCUGGGCGGGGCCGGGGGCCUGAGCACCCUCGUUCUCUCCUUCAUCGCCGGAAUCAGCUGGGACAAAAAAAAGGCCCCAGUAGCCGCUGUUGUUGGGAGGUUUUGGGACAUUUUUCAGCCGCUUCUCUUUGGACUGAUUGGAGCUGAAAUUACGUUUGCUACACUCAAUGCUAACACUGUAGGUUUAGGAACAGCCGCUCUUUGUGUCGGUGUUGUUGUUCGCGUGUGUGUGACGUUCACCGUUGUAUUGUUUGCUGGUUUUAACCUGAAGGAGAAAAUUUUUAUCUCUCUUGCAUGGUUACCUAAAGCUACAGUACAGGCAGCUAUAGGCUCCACAGCCCUGGACAUGGCCCGUAGCUUAGGAGACGAGCAGUUGGAGCGUUAUGGGAUGGACGUGCUGACAGUGGCGGUGUUAGCCAUCAUCAUCACGGCUCCCAUCGGCGCACUCGCUAUCGGCUUAGCCGGACCCAAACUGCUGCAGAAAUACACUGAGAUAGAGGAGACAAACACACAAGAUAAAGCCGAAGAUUUCUCACCUCAAGAGUCACACACACAACCACCUCAGGCUGUGGAGAGCAAGCUAUAAAAACACACACACACACACACACACACACCCAGUUCCAUAAUUUAGUUUAACUUUGUAACUUUAUUUGUUUUUUACAUUUGCUGUGGCUUGACCUUAAACUUUAUUUUAAAAUCAGAUUAACAUUAUUUAUUAAAACUUCUUUCUGAUGUCAUUUUAUUUAUGCAGACUGAAAAUAAAAAAUAAUAAAGACAUGCUGAGUUGUGUGGAAAAUGGUGUGUGUGUUAGGCAGUGUUGGUGAAUGUUACUUUUUAAAGUAACUAAUUACAUUACAAAAUUACUGUCAUUAAAAA